UUUCAAUGAAAGUGAAUAUUACAGAGUGGCACGCUGUGAGUACAUGGCAUUGGAAACUCACGAAAGACGGUGAAGAGGAAACUGGAUACGUUGACGAACUCUGUGGUAUAUGUCGUGUUGCAUUUGAUGGUACCUGUCCAAAUUGUAAAUACCCAGGGGAAGAAUGUCCCCUUGUUUUAGGGGGAGGAUGUUCACAUAACUUCCAUCUUCAUUGCAUCUUGAAGUGGUUAGAACAGGAUACCUCCAAAGGAUUGUGUCCUAUGUGCAGACAGGUGUUUACACCUUCAAAUGAAAAGGCACCUGCUUUCAUGGAAUUGCAGAGCUUGAUUGAUGGUCAUAGAGUUAUGAGAGAAAGAAUACAAACAGAGGGAGAACAGGACUUUGAAGUGUUGGAUGAUCAGGCCGAAAUGGAGAGCUGAUAUUGUGUCUAAGGCAUGUAAGAAUCGAUUCAAGUAAGGAAAUAUCUAGAUCCAGAAGAAAUCAAAAAGCUUAUAUUCCGCACGCAGUGCUUUCUUGGCUGGCUAAUUACAGUUCGACGAAGCUAUAUCUAAGUCAGAAACACAACGAAAAAGCCAAACUAUAUCCAUGCCAGAAACAAAACGAAGAGGCCAAACUAAGCUAAACAAAUAAAACAAACAAGCUCAACGGGUAAGACAAACAAGCUAAACAAAUAAAACAAGCAAGUUAAACAAAUGAGCUAAAUUUGAUUAAGCAGACUUGAAAAUACACUUCCACCGAUUAAAUGGGGUUCCGAUUAAACCAAAGCUUAGGAAGAUCAGGUAUAAGAAAUCAGAUCAAAGGAUUUAUAUAGAUUGUAUAUUAAUUUUAAUUAUUAAGUUG